AUGCCUUUCCUUCCGGAGGCGGGGGCGGCGAGGCGCGCGGUGGCCCUGGCCCUGGUGCUGCUGCUCCCCGCAGUGUCCACGGGCGCCGGCGCCCCGCUCCGCCUGCAACCGGGCAUGCCCCAUGUGUGUGCGGAGCAGGAGCUGACCCUGGUGGGCCGCCGCCAGCCCUGCGUGCGGGCCUUCAGCCGCACAGUGCCCGUGUGGAGGCCGGGUUGCGGGCGGCAAGCCUGGUGUGUCAGCCACGAGCGCAGAACCAUCUACUACACGGGCUACAGGCAGGUGUACUCCACUGAGGCCCAGACGGUGUUCCGGUGCUGCCCGGGGUGGAGCCAGCAGCCAGGGAGCCAGGGCUGCCUCUCCCCCAUGUGCAGCUCCGGCCUCUGCUUUAACGGUGGCCACUGCGUGUCCGGCUCAGCCCAGCCGUGCCGCUGUCCCCCUGGCUUCCAGGGUCCUCGCUGUCAGCAUGAUGUGGACGAGUGCCAGGUGCACAACGGCGGCUGCCAGCACCGGUGUGUGAAUACCCCAGGCUCCUACUUCUGCGAGUGCAAGCCCGGCUUCCGUCUCCACGCGGACGGCAGGACCUGCCUGGCCAUCAACUCCUGCGCCGUGGGCAAUGGUGGCUGCCAGCACAACUGCAUCCAGCUCACAGUGACCCAGCAUCGCUGCCAGUGCCGGCCCGAGUUCCAGCUCCAGGAGGAUGGCAGGCGCUGUGUCCGGAGAAACCCGUGCGCGGACAGGAACGGAGGCUGCAUGCACAGGUGCCGGGCACUCCGGGGCCUUGCCCACUGCGAGUGCCACGUGGGCUACCAGCUGGCAGCGGACCGCAAGGCCUGCGAAGAUGUGGAUGAAUGUGCCACAGGCCUGGCCCAGUGUGCCCACGGCUGCCUCAACACGCAUGGCUCCUUCAAGUGUGUGUGCAAUGCGGGCUACGAGCUGGGUGCUGAUGGCCGGCAGUGCUACCGGAUCGAGAUGGAGAUCGUGAACAGCUGUGAGGCGGACAACGGUGGCUGCUCCCACGGCUGCAGCCACAGCAGCGCGGGCCCUGUCUGCACCUGCCCCCGUGGCUACGAGCUGGACGAGGACCAGAGGACGUGUAUCGACGUCGACGACUGUGCCGCCUCCCCCUGCUGCCAGCAGGUUUGCACCAACAGCCCCGGCGGCUACGAGUGCAGCUGCUAUGCUGGCUACCGGCUCAGUGCGGAUGGCUGUGGGUGUGAGGAUGUGGAUGAGUGCGCCUCUGGCCGCGGCGGCUGCGAGCACCGUUGCGCCAACCUGCCUGGCUCCUUCCAGUGCUCCUGCGAGGCUGGCUACCGGCUGGACGAGGACCGCAGGGGUUGCACCUCCCUGGAGCUGCCCGAGCUGGUCCUGGACGGCCACCUGCCCCUGGGGCGGCCCCCACUGCACGUCGCGGUGCUCCAGGACGCGCUGCCCCACCUCUUCCAAGACGACUACGUUGGGGCUGAGGAGGAAGAGGCCGAGGCGCGGGGCGAACACACACUGCAGGAAAAGUUUGUCUGCCUGGAUGAUACCUUUGGCCCAGACUGCAGCUUUACCUGUGAUGACUGCAGGAAUGGGGGAACCUGCCUCCCCAGCCUGGACGGCUGUGACUGCCCCGACGGCUGGACCGGGCUCAUCUGCAAUGAGACUUGUCCUCCGGACACCUUCGGGAAGAACUGCAGCUUCUCCUGCAGCUGUCAGAACGGUGGGACCUGUGACCCUGUGACGGGGGCCUGCCGCUGCCCCCCAGGGGUCAGCGGAGCCCGCUGUGAGGACGGCUGCCCCAAAGGCUUCUAUGGCAAGCACUGCCGUAAGAAGUGCCACUGUGCCAACCGGGGCCGCUGCCACCGCCUCUAUGGGGCCUGCCUCUGUGACCCGGGGCUGUACGGCCGCUUCUGCCACCUGACCUGCCCACCGUGGGCCUUUGGGCCGGGCUGCUCGGAGGAGUGCAAGUGUGAGCAGCAGAACACGCGUGCGUGCGAUAAGAGGGACGGCAGCUGUGCCUGCAAGGCGGGCUUUGGGGGCGAGCGGUGCCAGGAUGAGUGCCAGCCGGGCUUCUUUGGGCCAGGGUGCCGACAGGCGUGCACCUGCCCCCCGGGCGUGGCCUGCAACCCUGUCAGUGGCGAGUGUGGGAAGCAGUGUCCCGCUGGCUACCACGGGGAGGACUGCAGCCAAGAGUGCCCGGCAGGGACGUUCGGCCAGAACUGCUCAGGCUCCUGCUCCUGCGGGGGCGCCCCCUGCGACCGGGUCACAGGGCAGUGUCUGUGCCCGCCGGGGAGGACUGGGGACGACUGUGGGGCAGAUUGUCCCGAGGGCCGCUGGGGGCUUGGCUGCCAGGAGAUCUGCCCGCUGUGUGAGCACGACGCCACCUGUGCACCAGAGACUGGAGCCUGCCUGUGCCGCCCCGGCUUCACGGGCAGCCGCUGCCAGGAUGCCUGCCCCGCCGGCUGGUUUGGGCCCGGCUGCCAGACGCGGUGCUCCUGUGCCAACGAUGGGCUCUGCCACCCGGUGACCGGCCGGUGCAGCUGUGCCCCUGGGUGGACAGGCCUCAGCUGCCAGAGAGCCUGUGACAGUGGCCACUGGGGACCUGACUGCAGCUACGCCUGCAACUGCAGUGUGGGCCACGGGGGCUGUGACGCCGUCAGUGGCCUGUGUGUGUGUGAAGCCGGCUAUGUGGGCCUGCGGUGUGAGCAGCGGUGUCCCCAGGGCUACUUUGGGCCAGGCUGUGGGCGGCAGUGCCAGUGUGAGCACGGGGCGGCCUGUGACCACGUCAGCGGGGCCUGCACCUGCCCUGCCGGCUGGAGGGGCACCUUCUGUGAGCGAGCCUGCCCAGCCGGCUUCUUCGGCGUGGACUGUGGCCGCGUCUGUGACUGCAUUGCUGGAGUCCCCUGUGAUCCCGUGAGCGGCUCCUGCCUCUGUCCUGCUGGCCGCCAGGGCCCCCGCUGUGCCCAGACCUGCCCAGCCCACACAUUUGGCCACAACUGCAGCCAAGCCUGCUCCUGCUUUAAUGGGGCCCCCUGUGACCCUGUCCACGGGCAGUGCCGCUGUGGCCCUGGCUGGACGGGGCCCACCUGCCUGCAGGCCUGCCCAGAGGGCCUCUAUGGCAAGGACUGUCAGCACUCCUGCUUGUGCCGGAACGGGGGCACCUGUGACCCGGUCUCAGGUCACUGCACCUGCCCAGAGGGCUGGGCUGGCCUGGCCUGUGAGAAGGAGUGCCUCCCGGGGGUCUUUGAAGCUGGCUGCCCGCACAGCUGCGGGUGCCUCAAUGGCGGCCUCUGUGACCAGCACACCGGCCACUGCCUCUGCCCAGCUGGCUGGACCGGGGACAAGUGCCAGAGCCCCUGCCCACCUGGCUGGUUUGGAGAGGCCUGUGCCCAGCGCUGCCAGUGCCACCCGGGUGCCGCCUGCCACCACGUCACCGGGGAGUGUCACUGUCCCCCGGGCUUCACAGGGCCCAGCUGUGAGCAAGCCUGCCCACCUGGCACCUUUGGGGAGCGCUGUGAGCAGCAGUGUCACUGCCCCGGCGAGAACCAGGCCUGCCACCCCGCCUCGGGGGCCUGCGUGUGCGCCCCCGGGUACCACGGGGCCAGCUGUCAGCAACGAUGCCCGCCUGGGCGGUUUGGGCCUGGCUGUGAGCUGCUGUGUGGGUGUCUCAAUGGGGGCUCCUGUGACGCGGCCACCGGUUCCUGCCACUGCCCCGCCGGGUUCCUUGGGACUGACUGCAGCCUCGUCUGUCCACAUGGCCACUUUGGCUCCGGCUGUGCCCAUGUGUGCGGGUGUGGGCAGGGGGCGGCCUGUGACCCCGCGACCGGCAGCUGCUCCUGCCCGCCUGGGAGGACCGGCGUCCACUGUGAGCACGGCUGCCCCCAGAACCGAUUUGGUGUGAACUGCGAGCAUGCAUGCUCCUGCAGGAACGGGGGCCUGUGUGACUCCACCAAUGGCAGCUGCUCCUGCAGCCUGGGCUGGACAGGGCCACACUGCGAGCUGGCCUGCCCCGCCGGGCGCUACGGUGCUGCCUGCAGCCUCGAGUGCUCCUGCCACAACCGUGGGGCCUGUGAGCCCACAUCGGGGGCCUGCCGCUGCGGCCCCGGCUUCUAUGGCCAGGCCUGCGAGCACCCCUGUCCCCCCGGCUUCCAUGGGGCUGGCUGCCAGCAGACAUGCCAGUGUCAGCACGGUGCCCCCUGCGACCCCGUCAGUGGCCGGUGCCUCUGCCCUGCCGGCCUCCAUGGCCAGUUCUGCGAGCAGGGGUGUGAGCCGGGCUCGUUCGGAGAGGGCUGCAGCCGGCAGUGUGACUGCGAGCUUGGGGUGCCCUGUGACCCCGUCACCGGCCACUGCCUGUGUCCCCCGGGGCGCAUGGGGGCCUCCUGUGACCUGGGCUGCAGGAGGGGCUUCUUCGGGCCGGGCUGUGUCCUGCGCUGCUCCUGCGGGGGCGGGGCCGACUGCGACCCUGUCAGUGGGCAGUGCCUCUGUGUGGACGGCUACACAGGGCCCACAUGCCGGCAGGGUGGACCCUCCCAGCUCCUGGAGAGCCCGUCUCCAGCCCUGGGCCCAGCGGCCCUACAACCAACCUCCCACCAGACCCGGGCUCAGCAGCAGCCCAGAGAAGCACUAGCUCAGGGGCAGCCCCCGCUGAGGCUUGGCUCCCAGGGGCCACUGAGGGGACCUGGGGGCUUUGGUGACCACUGAGGAGGGACAUGCGGGGGCCAGAACUCCGGCCCCACCCGGUCUCCGAGGCCUGUGGACAGUGGUGCAGCCUUCAGCUCUGCAAGGAUCUUCUGACCACGAGGAUGGAGGCCCUGCCUGGCCCGCCCUGAGGGUCAUAGUGUGGAGGAAACCACACCUGCCGUGUCCCCGGGGUGAGACUUCGGGCAGGUGCGGGGACAGGCGUGGGCCUGGGGCCCUUCCUGGGAGCAAGUUCUUCUGGUGCUAGGCCUGGGUCUGCUGCAGUUCAGUCUGUUUACCUGGAAACAGAUGCUGGUGCUAGGCCGGGCCAUAUUUAUGGAAGGUAUUUAUGGGCAGCCAGCCCCUGGGCACUGGAGGGCUGCCUGCCUGCUGCCCCACCUGGGGGGCCUUGACUCGGGCCUCUGGGUGGGGCUUCGCUACCCUGUGAAACCAGUAAGUUAAGGAUGGAGCAGCUCCUUCUUGGAGGCCUGUGUGCUUGCUGCUUUGUACAGGCUCCCUGUGGUGGCCUCCUGGGACCGCUGGCAUGAGUGGGCUGACCAGAGAGGCCCGUGAGGCCCCUGGGCCUCCCUGGGCCACACAAACAAAGUCAGGGUUUAUCCCGGUUUCCGGUGCUCUUGAGGGCAUGGGGCCCAGAGACCCUCCAAGUGCUGGCAACAGCCUGUAUAUGGGACGUGUGGUCCCCAGGGGAGGAGGGCAGGGUGCAGCUAAGGGCAGCUUGGGUGUGGCACACUCCUCCCCCUGCCCUGUCUUCAGGGUAGAACCAGGGGAAUUGGUUGGACCCAGAUUGUCACACCAGACACUUAGGUCUGGGCUGGAGCCCCCUCCCCUCCAGCAUGAGCCCAGGUAGCUGAUAGCUCCAGGGGCCAAGAAUCUCAUGGGGCAAAGCAGGGUGGGUUCUCGUGAACCCUGUCUCCUCAGACGGACAGCAAGUGGACAGGCCACUGUUUUAAGACUUUGAGGUACAUAAAUAGCAUCCAUAUCCCAGAAAGCAUCAGGAACAGUGCAGGGAUAAUGGGAUGCAGGUCAAGAAGGACCAUCGUCAGGACUGGGCGUGGAGCGUGUGGAGGCUGGAGUUGCUGGGGGGUGGGGGGUGAGGGGUGGUAGCAGGAAUCUAGCCAAAUACCAGGUUUUCCAGCUCAGAACCCUCCCAGGAGGCAUCAGGGAGGCAGAGAGAGAAGAUACAGAGGAAAGGUUAGUGGAAUAGGAUGAGUGAAGUGUUAACACUUCUGAAGCCUUAGAAAAAGAAGGGAAAAACCAUUGACACAAAGCACCAAGCUCUCAGGUCUAAGUUGGAUGAUCUCAGAUCCAAAGUGCUCAUAUUGGAAAUAAAAUUUAAAACAUUUUAAAGCCAUUGUCUAAGGAAUUUAAAGAAUACUAGUAACAGACAUUCUAAAAUGCCCAGAAGAAGCGAACAGGAGUCAGAGUGACAGCAGACGCUCCAGCAGAAACACUGAAGCAAGAAGAUGGUGAUGUCAGUUUCUGAGUGUUGAAAAAAAGACGUUGAAACUUGAAUUUCAUGGCCUUGAA